AUGCAUCCGUCGAACUUCGCUCACUGGUCUCUUUCUACAGCUCGCGACCUUACCCUCGAAGCCGCCCGCGAUGCCAGCCAAGUCCGCCGCACGUCGACAAAAGAACUGCCGUCGGGUCAGCUCAAGAAGCUACUGGAUAGCAGGUCGGAGCGCGAUGUCUUGGAGGGACUACGGAGAGUCAUCACUAUGUCCUAUCGACAACCGCCCUCGCAAACCCUCCCCUUCUUCUCUCACGUCAUCAAGAACGUCGCGUCACCGUCUCUCCCGGUCAAGAAGCUCGUGUACAUAUACCUCCUUCAGCACGCCGAACAUGAACCCGAUACCGCCCUCCUUUCGAUUAAUACGAUUCAAAAGUCACUCACGGAUACGAAUCCUCAGCUCCGCGCACUUGCGUUACGGGUCAUGUCCAGCAUAAGAGUCCCUGUAAUCAGUCAAAUCGUAAGCUUGGGCAUUAAGCGCGGAGCAGGGGACAUGUCACCAUAUGUGAGGAGGGCAGCAGCGCUGGCUAUCCCGAAAUGCUAUAGGCUGGAUCCGAAUACAGAGCCGCAAUUGCUGGAGUAUCUGUCGACGUUGCUGGGAGACAAGCAAUACUUCGUAACUGGAGCAGCGGUAGCUUCGUUCUUGGAGCUGUGUCCGGAUCGCCUGGACUUGAUUCACCCGCACUAUCGUUCAUUGGUGCCCAAGCUGGUUGACAUGGAUGAGUGGGGACAACUGGCUACUUUACGGCUUAUGGUGGUAUAUGCUCGGAAAUGCUUUCCGCGACGGACGAGGAAGGUCAAAAAAGCUGCGAGUAGCACCUAUACGAACGCAAAGCCGAUCAAGAGCACAAAGGGAUUCUACGAGUCGGAAAGCGAGUCAGAAGAGGAACAAGAGCAAGACAUGGAGGAAAUUGUGGUAUUAGAUCCGGAUCUCGAGUUGCUAUUGAAGAGCUGCCAAUCGCUUCUUCAAUCUCGGAAUGCGGCCGUGGUGAUAGCGGUAGCACGGACAUAUCUUUAUCUAGGCACCCUGGACUAUCUCUCCCAGGCUAUAGGUCCUCUAAUAUCGCUUCUGCGAUCCGCUGGAGGCAUUCAACAUAUUGCGCUAUACAACAUCGUUCAAGUCUGCCUGGCACACCCGGAAGCAUUCGUCAAAUAUUAUACGCACUUCUUGGUACGAUCAACGGACGCUCCACACAUAUGGCGGCUGAAGCUAGAGCUACUCACCUUAAUAUUUCCUCAUGCUCAACCAAGGCUACAAAGUCUGAUCUUGGCCGAGCUCAGCCAUUUCUCACAUUCUGGUAGUCUGGACCCGGCGUUGGUCAAGGAAUCAGUGCGAGCGAUCGGACGCUGUUCGCAAAGCCCUGCCACAAGCCCCCAGACCUCAGCGAGGUGCUUAAAGCUGCUACUGAAGCACAUCGGUUCAGCGGACACCCAUCUUGUAGCCGAGUCUCUCGAAGUAAUUCGACACCUUAUUCAGCGCGAUCCAAAUGCCCAUCGUACAACUGUAGUCCGAUUAGCGAAGCACCUAGACGCAGCCACAAGCCCACAAGCACGCGCGAGCAUAAUAUGGCUAGUAGGCGAGUUUGCCGGUAUUGAUCCGGAAAACAACAUGGCCGCGGACGUCCUCCGUAUCUUAGUGAAGGGCUUUGCCGACGAAGCCGAGCCUGCAAAGCUUCAGAUCGUACUGUUGGCAGCAAAGGUCUACGUACACCAUCUGAACGCAAACCCGCCACCAGAGCUGCCUAAGGUAGAAGAGCCGAAACCGAGCCCGUCACUCCUUGAUGACUACCAGGAAGAAGGAGGUUUCAGAGAUGAACACCUUGAGUCACCUCCGCAAGCCAUGGAGUCUCAACAGCAAGAAAAGCCCCACAUAAUUGAAGCAUUGUAUAACUACGUUCUUCUUUUGGUUCGGUACGACACGUCCUACGACCUCCGCGAUCGCGCACGCGUCUACAAGGCCCUACUCGCAACACCGACCUCCACGCAACUCGCAUCCCUCCUUUUACUUGCACCAAAACCCGUUCCACACACUCCUAGCCCUAGUGAAACUCGAAAAGACUACGUCCUCGGUAGCGCGAGCCUUGUCAUUGGCGAUGAAGGCGGCGUUGGCGGUUUAAAGGGAUAUGAGGACCUUCCAAGGUGGGUCAAGGAUGGCCACGAACCAGAUCCAGCAUUGAGAGAUCAGACUAAUUCGACGGCUUCGUCGACAUAUGUUUCGACGUAUGAGGCUGCUAAGAACAUGUCUGCGGCCGAGAGGCUGGAUGCUGCGGCGGGGGGUAGUAGCAGGAUGACACCUGACAGUAUGCUAUCUCCCCGCAGUUUGAACGGCAUGGGUGGACAUUCGGGUAUUGGUGCAGGUGUUAGUAAGGAGAAGCAGAAAGAGAAGACGCUUGAUGACUGGUUGGCAGAGGAGAGCGGGAGUGAGGAGACGGAUGAGGAGGAAGAUGAUGAAGACGAAGAAGAGGGAGAAACAGAAGAGGAAGAGAGCGAAUAUGAGACAGAGAGUGAGAGUGGGGAUGAGGGAGAUAGACUUGUCAAAGACACAUGA